CGGGGCGUCGCCGCUCUCGUCUGCUGUGCAGAAAAUCAGACAGCUUGCUCGCUAGAAGGAAGUGCAUCUGAAGUGGCACUGGUUUUAUUUUGAUGCACGUGAACAUUCAUCUCUUCGGAUAAAAUUACGUAAUUCCCGACAUCAGCACAGAGGGAUUUAGCCCGGGUGUAUGCAUCUCCCCGGUACAUCUGGAGCUGUAGAGGCUGUUUUCACCGGAGCAGCGUGGGUUAAGGUGGGCCUUGCCCGGAUAUCUGUCUGACAAGCGAACCAAAACCGAUCCGGUACCCGCCUCAAGAUAACCAUCAUAGUUAGUCCUCCAGAGACUACACUUGGAGACCGUUUGGACUAUAACACACACUAGCCAGAUGGCAGAUAACCUAAGCGAAGCCCUGAAGACGCUGAAGCUCUCAUCGGCAGACAGCGCUUCAGACAGCGUCGAGGGCUGCUUGGACUGCCUGCUCAAAGCUUUGGCCCAAAAUAAUGUUGAGACUAGUGAAAAGAUCCAGGAGAUGGGUGCUCUUGCCAUGAUGCCCGCUCUUCUGUCUGCGCAGAACUCAUGUACACCAAAAGUAGCCAACAUCAUUGCAGAAGUGGCCAAAAAUGAGUUCAUGAGAAGCCCGUGUGUGGAAGCAGGGCUCAUUCCUCCACUGGUUCAGCUGCUAAACUGUAAGGACCAGGAAAUUCUUCUCCAGACGGGACGAGCCCUCGGCAACAUCUGCUAUGACAGCCAUGAGGGCAGAAGUGCAGUUGACGCAGCGGGUGGUGGUCAGAUAGUUGCAGAGCACAUUAAGUCUCUGGCCGAAAGCACUGACCCGGCCACCGGGAAGCUCUUGACUGUCUUUUGUGGCAUGCUGAUGAACUAUAGCAAUGAUAAUGACUCGUUGCAGGCCCAGCUGAUCAGCAUGGGUGUGAUCCCAACACUGGUCAGACUGCUGGGCGUUCAUUCUCAAAACACGGCGCUCACAGAGAUGUGUCUCAUUGCCUUUGGCAACUUGGCAGAGCUUGAGUCCAGUAAGGAGCAGUUCGCCUCUACAAAUAUUGCCGAGGAGCUGGUUCGGCUCUUCCGUAAGCAGGUGGAACAUGAGAAGAAGGAAAUGAUCUUUGAGGUGUUGGCACCACUUGCUGAGAAUGAUGUGAUCAAGCUUCAGCUGGUGGAGGCUGGUUUGGUGGAGUGUCUUCUGGAGGUGGUGGCUCAGACGGUGGACAGCGACAGGGAGGAGGACGUGGCUCAGCUCAAGACGGCCUCAGACCUCAUGGUCCUUCUGCUGUUGGGAGAUGAGUCGAUGCAGAAGCUGUUUGAGGGUGGUAAAGGCAGCGUGUUUCAGAGGGUUCUCUCAUGGGUGCCCUCCAACAACCACCAGCUACAGCUAGCGGGAGCGCUCGCCAUCGCUAACUUUGCCCGCAAUGAUGGAAACUGCAUCCACAUGGUAGACACUGGUAUUGUACAGAAGCUUCUUGAGCUGUUAGACAGACAUGUUGAAGAGGGGAACGUCACGGUGCAGCACGCCGCCCUCAGCGCUCUGAGGAACCUGGCCAUUCCGGUGGUCAACAAGUCUAAGAUGCUUAUGGCUGGUGUGUCGGAUGUAGUGCUGAAGUUCCUGAAAUCAGAGAUGCCACCAGUCCAGUUCAAGCUCCUGGGAACAUUACGGAUGCUUAUCGACACACAGGCUGAUGCAGCAGAGCAGCUGGGAACAAACGCAAAGCUGGUGAAGCGUUUGGUGGAGUGGUGUGAAGCGAAAGACCACGCUGGAGUGAUGGGAGAGUCCAACCGCCUGCUGUCCGCUCUCAUACGACACAGCAAGUCAAAGGAUGUGGUCCGAACAGUCAUACAAGGUGCAGGUGUUAAGCACUUGGUAACCAUGGCGACGAGUGAACACAUGAUCAUGCAGAAUGAAGCGCUGGUGGCCUUGGGUCUCAUAGCAGCACUAGAUCUGGACUGUGCAGAGAAGGACUUUGUCAGCUCCAGUCUGGUGCAGGUUCUACACAAACUACUGACAGAUGAGCACAGUGCACCAGAGAUCAAAUACAACUCCAUGAUUCUCAUCUGCUCCAUCAUGGGAUCAGAGCCACUUCACAAAGAAGUGCAGAGCUUGGCCUUCAUCGACGUGGUCUCCGGUCUCCGCUCACAUGAGAACAAGACGGUGGCCCACCAGGCCUCUCUCACAGAGCAAAGGUUAACAGCACAGAGCUAAAAGACUCUUUCACACCAUCUCCUCCUUGCCUGCUUCCCCUCACACACAUAUCUCUCGUUGUCAUGUGCCAAGCUGUUGUCCCUCUGCAUUCCCUGCUACAGACUCUGAAAGCCCUCUGUUUGCUUCAAGCAUGCAGAGACGCAUUACCCAAAGGCGGCCAUACUUUAUAGACAGCCUUCUGCAAUAGAUUCAUACCCGAACUGCAAAAUAUUUUUAAAAGACCAUAGCUGUGAUUACAAAAAAAACAUGAAAUUCACCUGUAAAACCAUUAAAGCUUUACUUCACCCAAAAAUGAAAAUUGUCAUGAUUUACUCACCCUCAUGUCAUUCUAAACCCGUAAGACUUUCAUUCAUCUUCACACAAAUUACAUUUUUAAUGAAGUCUGAGAGAUUUCCUUCCCUCCAUUAAAAGGAUAUUCACCUAAAACUCCAAAGCUUCAAAAUGUUCAUAAUAUCCAUAUGAAUCGAGCGGUUUAAUGCAAAUCUUCUGAAGAGACAUGAUCGCUUUAUGUGAUGAACAGAUUUAUUUUAGGCUUUUUUCCACAUAUAAACAUCAAUAAGAAAACAUCAAAUAUGAUAAACAGAAGCUCAACCGAACCUGCUUGAUGCGCGAGAACAAACCUCGUUGGUUCUUGUGGAAGCUCAAACGUGCUGUGUAACACACGAGAAUGAACCUCAUUGGCUCUCACACAUCAAGCAAGCACGCUUGAGCUUCCGUUUACCAUAUUUGAUAAGCUCAAUGAAUAGUGUUUAUAUGUGAAUAAAACCCUACAUUAAUCCUAUUUUAUCAUGGAUUAUCUCUUUAUGAACAUUUUGAAGCUUCUUUGGGUGAAUAUGCUUUCAGAUCUCUCUGAGAUCUCUCUCUGAGAGAAAUCUCUCAGAUUUCAUUAAAAAUAGCCUAAUUUUUGUUUUAAAGAUGAGGGAAAGUCAUACGGGUUCGGAGUGACAUGAGGGUGAGUAAAUGAUGACAGAAUUUUCAUUUUUGGGUGAACUAUCCCUUUAAGUGGAAAUAAGAAUAGAACAACAUGUAUGUUGGCAGUGGAAAUAGAGCAGUUGUGCUUUCAUGACAUGUAAAAAUCACACAUACCAACCGACUUGUGCAUGUUUUUUUUAAAUCGUCUGGUUUGUUGAUGUAUCUGUGUUCAGCUAUUCAAGCCACGCCCAUAUGAUAUGCCCCGCCUCCUCCUCCUGCUUACUAAUUUACAUAGAAGAGUAGAGAUCAAAUGUGUUUGUACUGUAUAGGGCACCUCUGGACCAGCAUGGACCUUUUCAUAUUUUGCCUCCUGGUCCUUGUGCCAUCCACGAUCCAUAUCUUUACUGGAAAGAGCUAAUUCCAUAUCAUUAGUCGAAAAAUCGUUGGUUAUUGUCAUAUGGAUGUAUGAAGAAGUGAUACAUCUUGGUACCAAGAACUAAAGUUGAAGCAAAGAAGUUCAAUGAUUUUGAUUAUUUUAGGCCGGUGAACACCUCAUCCAAGAAAGCGACGUCUUUAUAACAUAGUAUCAAUAACACAUUCCUGAUCAGGAAAUGACUAGCAUGACUGCCAGUACGCCAUUAGCACACACAUACUAGACUUCAUGGCAGAUAACUGAGACAUGUAAGGGCUGGGACGGGUUAUGUGUGUAGCUGAUACCGCCACAGUUACGCUGAAUAAUAAUGUCUCAGACGACACACUCUUUGUGAAUGUUUCUUUUGAGAAAGUGUCUUUUUUUUUUUUUUUUUGCAUGUGGAGCUGCCUGUCCUCCUUUCCAUCCUCUCCAGUAUCCUCCGAACAUGCACCUCCUCGCAUGUUCGAUACUGUUAAAAUCACUGUUAUGUGGCCAUUUUAUGGCAGGUAAAUAAGUUCUUAUUUAUCAUAUUUGUACCACAUGGCAAUCCAAUAUAUCUACAGUAGGAAGCGUACAAAUAUAAAUGGAAAUAAUUGUUGUAAAUGUCAUUGAACUGUACAUUUCAAAGAUUUAAACUUAUUAAAACAAUUGCUGGUGACAAAUUUA